AUGGCGCUCGGACGCCUGUCCACAGGCGGCCACUGGGUCACGCCCGAGUAUUUGCUUGGGCGGCCCGCCGUCGCUGACGCGGAUGGCGCUGCUGGCGAGUCCGCGCUUGGGCCGCCCGCUGCUGCUGGCGAGUCUGCGCAAGCGCCAACUGUUGGGUGUCCUUGCUGCAUCGGCCCGCCCGACACCGCCUUCGAGGAUGCGUAUGAGGGCAUCUGUGCGCUUGGCCUGGACGGCAUCAACACAGAAACCGCCGCGAAGUUUGUCCGCCUCUGCGCCAAUGACCGAUCGACCAUGCGGCUCUCCAAAAACAAAGCCAAACUCGCAGCAAAAUUGAGGAAGCCUCCUCUUUCCAUCGAGGAGCUUGUGCAAAUGCAGCACGCAGUCUUCCGAGCAUAUCGGAUGAUCUGCACCACGUUAUCCCCGUUAUAG